GUGGGUAAUUCCAUUACAUUUGGCAAGUAACGGAAUGAAUAGUAAUUUCCCUACUUUUCAGCUUCAACUUUAACGUUUCCACGUUAGGUUGGACGUUACUUGGGGGCGGGAACAAGGGGAAGUCAGCUCCUGGCUGUGAUUGGUUAACACAAGACAUGUGCCUCACACUGAUUGGACCUCUGCGCAGACUGUCUCUUCCCUCGUGAUCUGUGUUAGGAGGCACGAUAGAAGAGAUGAAUAGGCAGGGGGAGCCUGCUAGCGUCUGACUCUGAGAGGAAAAAAUGGACGCUGGAGGAAAAAGCCAGGGCAAGGAAGGCAGAAUGGCGAAGAGCUGUGGAGAGACGCCUGUUGCAGGUUUUGCUGCUGAGAGCAGCAGUCAGUUAGUGCGGCCACUUGAGCCACAGCUUGUUGAUCCUGAGGAGGCAAAACUAAAAAGUGAGGUUCAGAAAGGAGGCCCUGUCCACGAGGAGGAGGAGGGCAUGAAGCAGUGCCAGUUGCCCACAGCCACAUCUGCAGAACAGCAAGUACCAUGGUUUGGUUUUGAGAAAGCUUGUACAUUUGUGAGCCAGAGUGGGAAAAAUGUUGUUGUAAGAUGCAAUUACUGCCUUCCAAGGAUCAAAAAUCUGAGAUCAGCUGUUUCCUCCUCAUCCAAUGUGAAGAAACAUUUUGAGAGGGCACACCCUGAGAAGCUGAGAGCAAUUGAAGAAGCAAUAAAGGCAAGGAGACGUGGCCUUCCUGAACCAAUGCAUGACACCCCUCCUCCCAAAAUGCUGAAGCAGCAGCAGACAACCCUUGAGAGGUGGGGAUCUGGCAGGGAUCUGCUUCUUCUGGCAGCCUGCGUACACCCUCGCUUCAAACUAGAUCGACUGGAAUCGUGUCAGGCCACCACCCAUACCAACAAAUACACAAUGGAAGCCUUGUUGAAAGCUGAAAUAAAGAUGGGUGUACUUAAUGAGGACAGUGAUCAGUCUUCAGAUAAAGACCAGGAAGGAGAUGACUUAGAAGAUGACUUCUUUAACUUUCUGCCCCAGGGCAAGAAGUCAGCAGUGGACACUGCUGAGGAGGAACUGGUGAGGUACCUGAGGUCUCCCAGCAGGGAAGUGUCAUCACUCCAUGGCUUUCCACGUGUGCUGCGGUGUUUUUUGCAGCACAACACAGGCAUGCCUUCAAGCACCGCAGUAGAAUGCCUGUUCAGUACUGGUGGCAACGUAAUGACUGUAAAAAGACAUUCCUUGUCUGACAUGCUCUUUGAGCAUCUUGUUCUUUUGAGACAUAACAGAAACAUAUUAUAAAAGCAUUUCAAGUGUAAAAUUUGAUUUCAAGAGUUGGGGUAUCUUCAUUGCUUGGGGGGAUGUGAGAUUCUGUUAUGCCAUUAUGUUAAUCUUAUGGAUAAAUUUUUUUUAUUCUACUA